ACCAGGGUUGAUCAAUAGCUGAGGCAAUGGGUUUAUAUGUUUCGUGUUUGGCAUCUCUAUCUCGAGUUACUCCAGAGUUCCACAGCAUCAGCACCAAAGCGAAACAUCCCAAACUCGAAAGCUUUUCCACCACAUCCAAACACCAGCCAAUCAACAAUUUACUUUGCUCGACCAACCAGAGCCACCUUCACCCUCAUCGUCAUUAUGCAACCUUCCACAAUGGCCAUGUCCAGACUCGCAGCACAACGCCGCUUCAUGCAGACCGCCUCUAGGGUCACCCCGGCCAAGGCACUGCCCCGAGCUACUACUGCUCAAAUGACACGAUUUUUCCCUGGUGUCGUUGUUGUAGGAGCUGUAUACGGCGUGGUCAGCUAUGUUCGCUCGCAACUUCGCCAUGAAUCCAGCUCCAUGGACCGCAUCUUCGCCCAGCAAAACACGCCUGAGGUCGAGGCAGCGAGGAAACGGGACUUGAAAGUCGAGACGAUGGGCGACCCACGCAAGACCAUGUUGAACCUCCUCGGAUAGAGUGGUCAAACCCUGGAAAAAAUGCAUUCGCGGGGCUACAUCUUAAUUGCCUUUGUCUUUUGGCGUUAUUUGGUUACUGAAGGAGUUGGAAGAUAUCAUUGGAGGGUGGUUCGCUUGCAUAAGACUGUUGAUGGGACUGAGCGCACGGGUUCAUAGGAGCCCGUCACAUCUGGACCAAUCUAUCGGAAGGGCGAGAACAUAUUUAUUGCUGGAGGUGCAUCUGCAUAGUUGUUAAAUAACUACUGGAGAAAUCGUAAAUUUAUAAUUACUCGCA